AUGGUCAGUGCACAUAAGAAUACAUUGGCCAUUGUAUCAGAGAACAACUUCCGUCACAGUGCAAACUCCACCUACAGAACCGGAAGCACCUCUGUACAAACUGAGCAGGAGGCAUUGCUCGAGAAGCUGAUAGACAGCCCACUGUCUGGUCUGAAGAGGCCCGAGGACCACUUCAAUGGCACCUACAUCAUCUUCUUCAUCCUGGGCAUCGGCUCACUGCUGCCAUGGAACUUCUUUGUCACUGCCAAAGAGUACUGGUUGUUCAAAUUCCACAACUCCUCCAGCCCAGCCACACAGGAGGGCAGUACAGACUCGGACAUCCUGAACUACUUUGAGAGCUACUUCGCGGUUGCCUCCACUGUGCCCUCCGUCCUCUGCCUCAUGGCCAACUUCGUGCUUGUCAACAGGAUUCCGGUCAGUGUCCGUGUUCUGACCUCCCUGGCCAUCAUGCUGACCAUCUUCGUGAUAAUGACUGUGCUGGUGAAGGUGGACACCUCCUCCUGGACCCAGGGCUUCUUUGCUUUCACCCUGACCUGCAUGGUGGUCAUCAGCGGCACCUCCACCGUCUUCAGCAGCAGCAUCUAUGGCAUGACUGGCUCCUUCCCCAUGAGGAAUUCCCAGGCGCUGCUAUCAGGAGGUGCCAUGGGCGGGACCAUCAGCGCUGUGGCCUUGUUGGUGGACCUGGCUGUGUCCAACGAUGUGACGGAUAGUGCCCUGGCCUUCUUCCUGACUGCUGACGUCUUCCUCAUGGUCUGCAUCGGGCUGUACCUGCUACUGCCCAGGCUGGAGUACGCCAGGUACUACAUGAGGCCCAUCCGGCCAGCCCGGGGACUGCCCAGUGGUGAGGAGCAGCCCUGGGACUCCCCCAGGGCCUCAGUGUUGGACCCCAGCCCUCUUGGCUCCCACAUGCCCCCUCUGCGCCCCAUCCUGAAGGUGACGGCAGGCCUGGGCUUCUGUGUCAUCUGUAUCUUCUUCAUCACCGGCCUCAUCUUCCCUGCCAUCUCCACCAACAUCGAGUCCCUGGAAAAGGAGUCGGGAUCAUUAUGGACCACCAAGUUCUUUGUCCCCCUCACCACCUUCCUCCUGUACAACUUUGCCGACCUCUGCGGCCGGCAGAUCACAGCCUGGAUCCAGGUACCAGGGCCCAAGAGUAAGCUGCUCCCAGGGCUGGUGCUCCUCCGGACCUGCUUCAUCCCCCUGUUCAUGUUUUGCAACUACCAGCCCCGUAUGCACCUGAAGACAGUGGUCUUCACGUCUGACAUCUACCCCAUAGUCUUUACCUCCCUGCUGGGGCUCAGCAAUGGUUACCUCAGUACCCUGGCUCUCAUCUAUGGGCCCAAGAUCGUGUCCCGGGAACUGGCUGAGGCCACAGGAGUGGUCAUGUCCUUCUACCUGAGUCUGGGUCUGCUGCUGGGCUCAGCCUGCUCUACGCUGCUGGUGCAUCUCAUCUAG